AUCACUCUAAUUUAAAUGUUCUAAAACAAAGCUGAAUGCUUUUAAUGGUCUCUUUCUUCCUCGCGUAUAAAUUCCAGGUUAUGAAUCCAGAGAUAGAGACUAGACCACAAAAUACCUUCCCCCAUUUUCUCAUUCUCUUAACUCUUCCCCUGUUCUUGUCUCAACAGACAAAAGCAUGAGUGGUGACAAGAAGACGAUCAUUCAACGCCAAACUUCCUAUAAUCCUCUCUAUGUUAAUCCCCUUACUGACCUCCGGCACAACCGUAGCUGUAGCGACGGCGGAUUCCGGCAAGGUAAGGAAAACUUGACACCCAAUACGAAGGAGAAACAGAGCGAUGAAAAUGGAGUUCUCUGCGACAAAGAAAACGCGAUUCCGAUUAAUGGGUCUUGUGCUAAUCCUAAGAAAUUUGGGGAUUUCAAGUCGUUUUCGACUGGGAAGGCGUUGAAGCCUUCGUCGCUUCAUCUGUGUAUGCAGAUGAAUGAACCAGAUAAGGUUUUUGGGUCUAAGUUGUGGGAGGGGACUGAUUCAGAGCAUUCGAGUUCGUUGAAGAUUUGGGACUUUUCGGAUUCUGAAGCUGCUCCAGCUUCUUCUUGGUCCACAUUGCCUAACAGGUCGUUGUUGUGUAGGCCAUUGCCUGUGGAUGUGGGGAGAUGUACCUGUGUCAUUGUGAAGGAGAAGUCACCGGAUGGGCUUCGUGGUGGUGCUUUCUAUUCUCUCUACACCAAUGAAGGGAAGGGAAGGCAGGACCGGAAGUUGGCGGUGGCUCGGCAUCGACGACGGAAUGGGAGGUCAGAGUAUAAAAUAGCUCAGAGUGCAAGAGGGAUAUUGUGCAAUGCAGAUGAUAGUUUUGUUGGAUCCAUGACUACAAACCUUGUUGGUUCGAAAUAUCAUAUAUGGGAUCAGGCGAGCCGACUGAAACCCAUCCCGAGCCAGUCGAAAUCGCUUCUUGCUGCUGUAACAUUCAUGCCUACAAUAACCACUUGGACAGGCAGUCAUAGAAGCAUGAAGGCUUUCAUCCCCAAGCACCAAACAAUUCAGCUGAAAAACACCAAUCAGGUGCAGCACAUAGCAGGGCUGCCAAGGGAGUGGGAGGAAGAAAAGACCAAAGUCCACCAGCUUGUUUCUAGAGUUCCUCAAUACAACAAGAUUUCUAAGCAAUAUGAGUUGGACUUCAGAGACAGAGGGAGAGCAGUUUCAGGUCUUAUGAUCCAAACCUCUGUGAAGAAUUUUCAGUUAACUUUAGAGGAAAAUGGCAAGCAAACAAUUCUCCAACUUGGAAGGAUUGGGAAGUCCAAGUAUGUGAUGGAUUAUAGGUAUCCAUUGACAGGUUACCAAGCAUUUUGCAUAUGCCUGGCUUCCAUAGAUUCAAAGCUUUGUUGCUCAGUAUGAUAAUCCUUGGCUGCUUCUCAGCUCUUUUGCUGUUCAAUCUCUGAACAACUUUCCUUGCAAUGGCCUGACUUACCAAAGAUCGAUGCAACCCUAAUUGAAGAUGUAUUUGUAAAUUCUCUUGACUUAAGAGUUCUGAAUUUUGAUGAUUAACAAUGUUUUGCUUUAAUGCUUUUGGUGAAUCAAGUUUCUCUUUUGGA